AAUUAUUAAUAAUGUGGAAAUUUCUUUCUUACAAGCACCAUACUAUAAAGAAAAUUGACCUCUACUCUAUUCAUUUGAUCUUAGCAAUAGCAAAAAAAUCAAAUAUGGAGGAAACAAAUCAUCAACAAAUAAAUUUUUUUUCAGAAUGUUCUAUCAAACCCAAAUAUGAAGUUAAAGCUUCAAAACAACCCCAUUACUUAGCCUCAAUCGAUCUUAUGUUCUUAUCUUUAGACCAUAUGCAAAAGGGUCUACUUUUCCAUGCUAAACCACAAAACAUACAAUCUCAACUUUUGGACAAACUCAAAAUUUCAUUAUCUUACGCUCUUGUCUAUUUCUACCCUUUAGCCGGUCAACUUGCUACCCAAAAGUUCCCUGAUGAACAUGCUAUUUGGGUUUAUGUCGAUUGCACCACCGGUCCUGGAGCUCGCCUCAUCCAUGCUGUCAUCGAUUUUUCAGUAUCCGAUCUCUUGUCUUCCUGCGACAUACAUCCCGUUGUACCUUCCUUGUUUGAUCUUGGUGAGAAGGCCGUAAACUAUGAUGGUCACACAAGGCCUUUGUUGUCGGUCCAAGUGACCGAGUUAAUUGACGGGGUUUUCAUCGGUUUUACCAUGAAUCAUUGUUUAGCGGACGGGACUUCCUUGUGGCAUUUUAUCUCGACCUUGUCCGAGAUUUUUGUACAGUUGAAGGAUGAAAAUCACAACGAUAAUAAUCUCACUAAAACUGAAGUUUCUUCCAUGGACAUCACAGUAUCUCGAAAACCAAUAUACAAGCCUUAUUUUCCUGAAGGAUAUGGUCCGAUCAUCAAGCUACCAUACCUCGAACCAGACGAGUUCGUAUAUAGGUUUGAUCCAGGCGUAUUAAGAGAAAGAAUUUUCCAUUUCUCGUCUAAGACGAUGUCGAUAUUGAAAGCUAAGGCUAACGAAGAAUGCGACAAUGUUAUAUCCACAUUUCAAGCCUUGUCCGCAUUUAUAUGGACGUCUAUUACCCGUGUUAGAAAUUUGGAACCGAGUAUAAGGAUUAUUUGUUCGUUUGCUUUAAGUUGGCGGACUCGAAUUACGCCUCCGUUUUCCCAAGAGUGCUUCGGGAAUUACAUUGAAGGAGUGCAAUGUGCAUCCAAGGUGCGCGACUUACUUGGGCUUGGUUUGGGCUCGACUGCGUUGUUAAUUCGACAAAGUGUGGAGUCUAUAGACGACACUGAAAUUCAAAAACGGCUUCAUAAUUAUGCUAAGGCUCCUUAUGUGCCGCAAACAGGCUCAAGAUCUGCGUAUUAUGAGCCUAAUGGAGUGUUGAUUGCCGGGUCAGCAAAAUUUGAUAUGUAUGGGCCUGAAUUUGGACUUGGUAAAGCAGUGGCUGUUUUAGCUGGGUAUGCUAAUAAGGAUGAUGGGAAGGUGACCCUGAACCCGGGUCGCAAAGGGGGAGGAAGUGUUGAUGCAGAGAUAUGUCUGAAACCUGAGACAAUGAAUGCUCUUGAAUCCGAUGAGGAGUUUAUGAGUUCUGUCUCGAUAAAAUGAUGUAGAAGGGAUCGAUUCGGUCUCAUGUUUUAUUUGAUUAUCUAUUUUCCAAUACUUUAACCAGUAAGUUUGCAUUUAUGAAGUAACGAUAAUAAGAACAAAAUAUCACGAAUACUACUGUAUAUUAUAUGGAGUAUUAAUCUUAGAAAUAAACAAUUGCUUUGGUGUA